UUAGGGGCGGGGCCGCGCCCCUCUCGGCCGCCGUGCCGCCGCCGCCCCAAAAAUGGCGCCGGGCCGCUUCUGGCGCUGCUGCCUACGCGGCGCAGGCUGGGUGCCGGUGCUGUUCAUCACUUUCGUGGCGGCGUGGUCCUACUACGCGUAUGUGGUGGAGCUGUGCCUGUUUACUCUUUCUGGAAAUGGAGAAAAUGGAAAGGCCGUUGCUUACCUUGUGGCUUUUCAUCUGUUCUUUGUUAUGUUUGUAUGGUCCUAUUGGAUGACAAUUUUCACCUCACCUGCUACCCCAUCCAAAGAGUUCUACUUGUCCAAUUCUGAAAGGGAACAUUAUGAAAAAGAAUUCAGCCAAGAACGACAACAAGAAAUUUUGAGAAGAACAGCGAAGGACUUACCUAUCUAUACCACCUCAGGCUCAAGGACCAUCAGAUAUUGUGAAAGAUGUCAGUUGAUUAAACCUGACCGGGCGCAUCACUGCUCAGCAUGUGACAUAUGUAUUCUAAAGAUGGAUCAUCACUGUCCUUGGGUGAAUAACUGUGUGGGAUUUUCUAAUUACAAAUUCUUCCUGCUGUUUUUAUUGUAUUCCCUAUUAUAUUGCCUGUUUGUGGCUACAACAGUUUUGCAGUACUUUAUAAAAUUUUGGACGCUUUGCCACAGGAAAUCUACACAGAGUUGUCCAAAGAAUGAACUCACAGAUACACGUGCCAAAUUCCAUGUACUUUUUCUUUUCUUUGUGUCUACAAUGUUCUUCAUCAGCGUCUUAUCACUCUUCAGCUAUCACUGCUGGCUAGUUGGAAAAAAUAGAACAACAAUAGAAUCAUUUAGUGCACCCACAUUUUCAUAUGGACCUGAUGGAAAUGGUUUCUCUCUUGGAUACAGUAAAAACUGGAGACAAGUCUUUGGCGAUGAAAAGAAAUACUGGCUACUUCCAAUAUUUUCAAGUUUGGGUGAUGGUUGCAGUUUUCCAACUCGCCUUGUGGGAAUGGAUCCAGAACAAGCUUCUGUUACAAACCAAAAUGAAUAUGCCAGAAGUAUUGGCUCAAAUCAACCUUUUCCUAUCAAACCACUUAGUGAAUCAAAAAAUCGAUUGCUGGACAGUGACUCUCAAUGGACAGAGAAUGGAUCUGAAGAAGAUACCAUCAGAUCAGGUUUAUAAAAACAUGGACUGAUAUUUUCAGUAUUAUUUGCAAGAAAAUUAUCAAUGGGAUGAAAUAAUUGAAGUAUAACAGAAGAUAUAUUUUUUCAAAAAAGGAAGCCUUUGUACAGAUCCCUGGAUCCACAGAAGCACUACUGCAGAGCAGGAAGAUGCCUUACUCUUAAGUCCAGCAUUGACUUACAGCUGCAAAAGUGACUUGAUUUUACUUUGCAAAUAACUCUUAUUGUUAUGAAAUGCUAUAAUAUGUCAGAUCAUAUGUUUAACAUGGCAUAUGUAUCUUUUUUUGAGUUACAUUAUCAGAGUUAUUUCUUGGUGUCUAUGUGAAUUUUCACUCCAGAAACAGAGGCAAAAAAAUUCUCUUAAGUGAAGUACAUCUAGGACAGCAUGGUGGCUGAAACUAAAUAAUAAUAUCAAAAUUACUGUUGCUUGUACUAUGUAGGGAAAAGGAAAUAACUGCUUUUUAAAGAUUGGGUGUUUGAUCAUUUACAAAUACUGUUUUAUACUUUUCAACAUUUUUAAUAAAGAUUUUUUAUUGUUGGCUAUACAAUAACAUGCAGGAUUAAGAUAUCUAAAUAUAAUGGUUUACAACAUGAA